AUGGGUUACUUCGAGGACUUUCUCAUGGAGUAUGGGACACUUUAUACUCGGAACUCGAUUAUAAAAUACCCAAAAAAAACUUUAUAUAUAUCGGUAUUGCAAAAUCGACACCAAUACCAAUCUAAACUUAAAAAAAAUUUGGGUUAUAUAGACAAAGACUGUGCUUAUACUAAAAAUGGUAGCUCUGAAACUUCUUCAAGUAAUGAUGAAGAAAUCCGCGAAAAGGAUGAAAAAACAUUUGAAUUAACUAUCCCUUAUUUAAAAUAUAUGGAAAUGGAACCAGAAAUAGUUUUGUAUAAAGAUGGCGCGGGUGUUAGAACGUAUGAAAUUCUUAAGCCCAAUACAUGGUCAGACAUUAUAAAUGAUUAUAUUAUCCAAGAACUUAAACUACCAUGUAACUAUUUGUACAAGCGAUGUAAAGUCAGAAGUGAUAUGUCAAAUAGUCAAUAUUUUUUAUAUUUUGUAGCUGCUUGUAAAGAUUGCAAUAAUAGUUUAAAGGGAUGGAGUAAUCAAAAACCGACUAGAGGACAACCACUGGAGUUAAAAAUAUGUACCAACGACACAAGAGGAAUGGAAUCUAUACAUUUUAGUAAAAGACCACUGAGAGGUACUAAACGUGAUAAAGUUGCUAACGAGCUGGUUACGGAUAUUCCCAGUAAUUGGAGGCGAAAGAAAGCAACAACAGAUAUGGAAUUUGGUAAUUUUUCUCCUCCUAACUUAUACCGCAAUGAAGUUUUACGUAAAGCUAAACAAGAACAUAAAGAUCAACUAUUAGGAAUCACUGUAAAAUGUCCUGUUUUAUCAUUGGUAGAACUAAAACAUUCUCAGUUUUCUGGAUCAAUACAUUCAAUUGGAAUUGAUCCAAUACUUGUUCACUACUGGAGUAAUCAUCAAAUUACUAUAUUUAAGGAUAUGUUAAAAAAAUACUGUAGAGUUUCUAUCGAUGCAACAGGUGGUCUUGUCAAAAAAACAAAACGAACUUCAUUCGAUUUAUUGUCUGCCCAUAUUUUCCUGUACGAAGUAGUUAUAAAUGCUUCAUAUGGCCAAAUACCUGUAUGUCAAAUGAUCUCCGAGAAACAAGACACCCUAACAAUUUGUAAUUGGCUUACGCGGUGGUUGAAUGCAGGGGUUGGCGUACCACAUGAAGUAGUUUGUGAUUACUCUGCUGCCUUACUGGGUGCCGUAACCAGGGCUUUUUGUAAUUUAAGUUUGCAGUGCUACGUAAAAAAAUGUUUUACUUCAUUAAUUGAGCAUGAAAAAUAA